CUAAAAUGGCGGCCUUCCGGUUUCGUUAAAAUUGGUAAAAUUGAGGGCAUUUUAACUUCUGAACAAACUCCACUAUGGUACAGAUGAAAGUAGCCAAGUGCCCGUCAGAUGCAUUGUCUUUGACGAACUGUUUAAUUGUCAAUGAAAACGAUUUUAGCCCCGAGAGAGUGAAGUAAGUCAUUUGAACCUACAUGUAAGCUGAAGUUGAUCUGACGUGUCUAGAACUUUACCAUUCAAAUCGUAAUUGAAUAUGGUUUAAGACACGGUGCAAUGCGAGUAAUUAUUGAAGACAAUCUGGGAAUUAUGAUUUCUGUCUUUAUUUCUACCAAAUUUAUAUAGGGUGGCUACUUUGCGACAAGUGGUAAUCUACAGGGAACUAAAUUCGAUUUUUCAAAGGAAAAGUGGUAAAACGCAACCUAAGCACUUUUUAAGGAAAAAUUUCGUACGAUUUUCUUCGCUUCAGGUUCAGAGCUGAGUAUAUUCUUUUAUACCCCAGAGCUUCUAUAUUUGUACUUCAUAAGCAAGGACGGUAUUGUAGAUUAGUAACGCAAUGCAAUUAAUUUUGUAACAGACGUACAAAACUCCUUCAUUUCAAGGCGGAUGCUUAUUUUCGAUUUUCAGUCAUUUUUUAACGACUCGUGGCUUUCAAUUACAGCUUAAAAACUUGAGUCAGUACAUCCAGUUUUUUUUAUUACAGAGGAUAAUUAAAUGUGACUGGCUCCUCUGGAUUUUUUGGGAAACGUUAAUAACAUGGAGGUUCUGUUGUAAAACAGGAGUUUAGGAGCAAUAGUUUACUAAUUAUUGCCUGCUCGCCUACAUAAAAAACACGAGCAAAAAACAAAACAACACAAAAUUCAUGAUAAUAUGCCUCAUGAUUUGUGAGCUACACCAGAUCUGUAGAGUUUAGUCUGUAGUAAUAGAGCAUGGGAGAACUUGAUGAGACGUUGUCUGUGCAGAAGUAUUUCCCCCUGAGUAUUGUAUUUUAUUUUUACUCCAUCCUAUAAUACAUUAGUUGCACAAUAAUACAGUAGUUGUACAAUAUCAAUAGUACAUUGGUUGUACAAUAUCAAUUGGUACAAAGUUGCUUAAACUAUGUGUACAUAAUAAUAAUAAUAAAAGAAGAAAAUUAGAAUGGAGAAGGGCACAUUAUAGUAAAACUAAUCAUGGCCCUUUAACAAGAUUGACUUUAUUCUUUUGUAGUUUUGUUAUUCAUUAAAACACAAACACGCACGCUCUCUCACACACACGCACUCAAGUCAAUAUUGAGCAAGAUAAUAUUUUUUAAGUGCCUUUUUGAACAGGAUUUUCGAUGAUUUAUUGUGAAUAGAAAGGGAGAGAUCGUUCCAAUAGUAUUUUCCAAUGACGGUAGGGCAAAACUUUUGAAUAUUAAUUCUGAGUGGGGAAUGUGUAAUUGCUGAUCAGGUGCACUUCGUGAAAAACACUGAGUACUGCAUGCAAGCUGAACUACUGGAUUGCAGAAAGUAAAGUUUCUUACCUGGCCAAAGUGCUGUAUUUGUCUGCUUACCUUUUUUGCAGGCAUGUUGAAGUUCGCACCAAUGCGCCACAGGGUUAUGUCUUUACAAUCAGAGUAUCUGAAGAUAUGCCACACGGAUCAGUUGGGUUUAGCCUAGUGCAGGUAACAGAUUGACAUCCCUUGUAUCAGUGGGGCAGAUCAGUGUAUGAAUGUGCUAAAAAAAAAAACGAAGACAGUGCUGUACAUGUACUUAAAAUUCCAGUACAGCAGACCUGUUUAUUUUGUGGAAAAGGGACAGUGCCAUAAUGAUUACCGUGUGCCAUCUCAGAAUGGGAAGGUAGCCUACACGAUGGCAAUUAGGCAUUCAUUUGCUCACAAAAAAUUUCAUACUAGAGAACUGACAGAUAAAUGGCAAGCUGUAAAAAUGAGUUUCUUUGCACCCUGAGUAAUAAUAAUUAUUAAUUAUAGAAAUAAAUACAUGAAAUAGAAAAAAAUUGUAUAAUUUUCUGUUUUAGAGAAAAUGGGCUGGUGUGCAGUUGAACAGUUUCGUGGAUGGUAAGUUUAUUUGAGGAAUUAACAGAAAACCUGAAGAUUUUGCCUGUUUCUUUUAUGUUUUAAAUAUGUAUCUUUUUAAUUUGACCCAUAAGGACAGACAAUUCCAGUUUAGCCAUGGUUGCUUGUCUAUGCUUUUAUUCAGAUUCAAACUAGCAAAUUUGCACAUUUGAUAAAUUAAAAAAACUUAAUGUUGUCUUCAGAACUUGAUAAAAAGCUUGACAUGUCAAGAUUCUUCUCCACUCUUUAAAUUCACCAGUUAACGUUGUGUACUUUUUGUGUUGUAUUGUAGUUAUUCCCUUUAGGUUUGGAGAGGGAUCAUUCUUGUCCAACGUGACAGUUGAAGCAGACUUCCUGCAGAAAGCAAGGUAUGUCAAGAAAAGAUUUUUCAGUAAGUCAAGCAGUUCAUUAAUGGGACUCAUUAUAAAAUGCUUUGCUCUUAAGGAAUCAGUACUUUUUUUUAUCAUGGAAGUCUCAGUGCGUAAUUAUUAAUGACAAAUUGAAGUCAUGGGGUUUUAGAAUGUAAUUAUUGUUUAUCCAGGUCGUCCUACUUAGCUUCAGGUACUGUAAAGAAUUAAGCAAACUAUAUUUUUCAUUUUGGAUUCUCUAUCUUUGUGUUGUAUAAAUUACCAUUACACUGAUGGGUAUAAUCUUAUCUUAGGGGCAACAAUGAUGCAUAUGACACAAACAAGAUGGCAGAAGAUUUCACGCAUCAGUUUCUGGACCAAGCUUUUUCUGUAGGGCAACAGGUACAGUUGCAGCGCUAGCAGCUUUUUUCUUAAGUAAGAGCAUCACAUGUAGAUUUUUUCAUAUUCUAACACCCUAUCACAUUCAAAAGCAACUAAAGCGGCAUUCCAGAAAGUUCUGAAUAACCUUACGGGUUUCUAAACUUGGAGAUAUGAGUUAAAUCACAGUUAUUCAUCUAGGUUUUCGAGUCUCCUGUUGGCUCAAGCUAAAAAUAUUUUAUGUUUAUUUUCCAAUAAAUUGUCAUUUAAGGCAGUUAUUGCUCAAAUGUUUCUGCUUGGUGUGAGGAAUAAUAGUUUGUCUUCAAGCAUGAAUUGGCAGAGGAUCUACAUUGUAUGUAAUCUAUUCUCAGUUGCAUGCAAAGGACUGUGCUACUCUGAGAUUUAGAAUAAGACAUUUACAAAUGUACCUCACAAAUGUUCUUUUAUUCAAUUAUUUUUGGGGUAGGCUGUGUUUCCUUUCCAAGACAAGAAGUAUCUUGUGUUUGUAGUAAAGAGCAUGGAAGGUUAGUCACACAAUAAACCACAUGUAGUAGUAAAUAUUUAUACAUAAAUGAUAGAUUGUAAAUUAGCUUUGUGCAAAUCUUGAAUUAUAAAUUAUUGUUAAUGGAAAACAUUAAGUGAUGGGAUUAUCAAUAAAUAUGUGUAAUAUGUUCUAUUGGUUAUCAUGGAAGAAUGAAAAUAUUGUUUUAAUAUACUGUAAGGUUAAAACCUACAUGUUUGUUUGUUUGUUUUUUUUUAUCAUGAAUUUUAAUUUAGCUACAUGUAUAUCCAUUAAUGAUACUUUUCUGAUACAAAUUUGUAUGUUUUUGUCAUGUUCUAAAACACUGCCUGUAGGCUGUACAUAAUUAGAUUGAGUAGAUGUCACUCUAUUGCUUUUGUUGCUUUCAAAAUUUUAAUGAUGCCAUUAGUAUAAGUGGUCCUCAGUCAAAAAGCUGAAAUUUUAUAUUACUUUAAUUUACGUGAAAAAAAAGGAUGAUAGGAACAAUUUACCCACACUGUAUACUUUUAUUUUGUUUCUUUCUAUGACUUUGUAGUUAUUGAUGUCAGCCUUCUUGGUGGUGCAAAAGCAAAACCCUCUCAAGGAACAAAUGUAAACUGUUGCUUCUUACCUCUCAAUGAGUUAAAUGGGGUUUAAUGUGAUUAACAGAUGGUUAAUGGCUCAGCUUGUACAUGUACCAUUGAGUUAUACUGUCACAGGAGGUCUGCUCUGUGCAUCCACUAGUUUUCGUCACCUACAUGUAUUUACCUUUGGGUAAAUAGUAAAGUAAUUGACCAAUCAGAGUGCCCUUUACAUUAAAUUAUUGUAAUGUUAUUUACACUGUAUUAACUUGGUUAACAACUUUCCUACACAGUUACGGUGUAUGUGUGCUACCAGUUUUACUCUCACUGCUCAAUAUUUUGUGCUGUUGUAUUUUGAUAAAUAUCACUUUGUUUUGGUGCUUUUCUUUCUCUUCUUAUCAUCUCAGUAUUUUGUUGUUUGGUUCCUUAUUUUCCUGUAGGUUUCCAUGGGAAUGAUAACAAGAAAUACCCAAGUUCUGUUUGAACGGGCAGAGGUAAUCACUUACAACAAUUCACAGUUGGCAAUGCACAAAAUCUUACAUGAUGUUCUGAAUGGUGGUUGUUACUGUAAUUUUUGUUUGUUUUUUUUUUUUUUAUGGUGGUGAGAAAUGUUUGCAUUACUGUAGACCUACCAAACUGGGUAGCAACCUUUCCUUCUCAAUUGAAUCACGUUAUUGUCUCUCUUUUUCAGGGAUCAGUGCUUAAUCUCACUGGUACUGCAAAGGGGUGAGUACAGUGUAGUAUACAUGUACUCUUCUCUACUAGGUAAUUGAGUUCUAAAGCUUCCCUGAAAUGUUCCAAAAAUAUUAUACCUGUAUGGCAACUUAAGAUGUAAAGAUGUUAGCUGAUACACUAAAAUGGACAUGAAGAGCCAAGGUGUGACUUUUGUCACUUUCCAUCUUAUUAAUUUCACUUUCCAUAAAAUUCCGCAAAUGUUGUUUUAUAGAAAUAAAAUGCCAGAAAAGACCCAUCAGUUCAUUCUGACCAGAAUAUUUGAGGUCAGCUUUGAAGGUGGUCCAAUUUGACUAGUCUGGGUAUUUUGGCAGGUCAGACCAAAAUGUCCCUUUCAUUUUGACAAAACUUUUGUCCCCAGUAAUGGUCUUCUGUAUCCUGCUGACAAUUACUGUGUACAAUAAACAAAUGCGCAGUGGCUUGGGUUGGGACUGUACAAUAGGAAUGCAGGUGAUCCAUUUGGCACAUGGAAUUUCUGAAAUUUCAAACGAAGUUUUUGCUGAAUGGAAAGCAGCCUUUGUCUACAAUCAUGUACAUGUACCAGUCCAGACCAAUCCACUUGUAAAGAGAAUUUCACUGAUGUCCAGCCAGAUCACUGUAUUCCUUAGUCUCCUUCGCAGCCAUUUUUGUCUUGUCACACAAUGAGCACUCUGUUGCGUGACAAGAAUAAAAACGUUGUGAGAGAGACUAUCUUUUCCUAAUAAAUAGUUGAACCUCUCUACAAAUGCGUGAAGAAAGUGGCCAUUUUAAAAAGGUGGCAGUUGUUGAGAGUUUUUAAACAAGAGCCAAUGUAUGGAUUUUUAUUCCCUGGGACAAAAAAAAAAAGUAGCUGUUUGUAAAGAGGUGGUUUUUAGCAGAGGUUCGACUGUAGUAUAAUUGGCAGUAAAAGGUUUUUGGCAAAAACUAUUCUAAAAGGCUACAUUGGAUUUCUCUUUUGAAAAAUAUUCUGUCAAGCUGGCCAGUUCAAAUGUUUAAUAAGCACCUAAACUUACAGUUCAGGUAGGCUGGCCAUAAUAUUACUAUUAUGUCUUUUUUAAUUUUAGAAAAGCUGCGACACAGUCCAUCAUAAGCAGAGAUUGGGAUUUCACAAAGCUGGGAAUUGGAGGUCUUGACAAGGUUAUUAAACUGCUGAGCAGUAUUUUUUUUUUCACAGUCUGGGCCCAUCAUCUUGAAGAUGUGUGCAGGAAAGAGCUCCCACAAACUUCUGAUAAAUUGCCUCGUUAUUUGCUUUUGAAACAACAAGAAUUUGACAUUACAUCAGGAGUAACUAACAGUGUUAUUGCAGACAGCCCUUUAUUGUAAUGAAUUUAAUAUCAGUUUCUGUUGAUGCUGUUUUAACCAGGAAUUCUCUAACAUCAUAAGAAGAGCUUUUGCAACACGUCUCUUUCCACCAGAAGUUGUCGACAAGCUAGGUAUAUUAAUUUUUUUUCCUGUGAGUCAUUCUAGUUGCAUAGGAGCAUUUCAGUUUUGUCUGUUAUCUGCUCAAUAUCCAUUUUUUUCUUCAAUCAGUUUGGAGGCUCAUGGUUGGGUGUGUUUUUUUUGUAUUACUCUCUAAAGGCAGGGCCACAUGUAUCACUACUAGCCCGCAGUCAGUAUUUUUUGUGGGGUACUACAGUAAAUUCAGCUGGCUACUCCAAGUUUCAAAAGAAGUCAAACGUAACAAUAUUAUAGUGAGGAUUUGUGGGAGAAAUAAUGAUUCUAAUUUUGAAGACCAACUACAUGUUGUUGAAACCAUUAAAGGCUGACUCGAGAGGGAAUCCGGAUUCUGGAAUCUGAGAAUUUUUGCUUGUGGAAUCCGGAAUCCUGGUUUUUGGAAUCCGGAAUCUACAACGUGGAAUGCUUAAUCCAAGACUGUCUUGGAUUCCCUUACAUUUAGGGCAAGCUGACUGAUCUCAAGUGAAUAUCUCUGGUCUUCCAGGGUACCCUAACCCUGUAAAGCAGUGCAGAAUUUUCAUGUAUUAUCCAUGAGUGAUUGGUGACAUGCUAACCUGGUCAUUGUGUAGUGCCCUUUUUCAGCCACUGACUAGAAUGUUAAUCAGUUCUAAUUAUAAAUGAACAUCACAAGGACCUGUGAGCACAGCUCUGAUGCAAAAUCAGUUAACACAAGUAACCGUGAAUAUGUUUAUUACCUCAUAGGUCUGAGGCAUGUGAAAGGAAUUCUUUUGUAUGGUCCUCCAGGUAUGAUGGAAUUGUAACUGUGCGGGUUGCGGCACCACAUUUUCAAAAAUUCAACUCCCUGGAGGCAAUGUGUGUAACCAGGGUGGAUGUUGCAGAAAAAAGAUUAACUUGUAGCUCCAAGACGUGAUGAUUUAUUGCUACUUUAACCUACUUUAUCUCAAAAAAUAACAGCAAGAACAAAAAAAAGCAGCAGCAACAAUGACAACAACAUUAACAUUAUGGAAAGAACACUGUUAGGGAAAUGAAGCCUUGAAAACUGGACCAAAGAAAACGUUUGCUAGAAAGUUCACAUUUCCUUUUAUAAAAUCAGAAGAAAGAAAAUAAAAUUAAUGGUGCCACGCAAGAGCUCUGCCAAAAAGAUUUCAUUUUAAAGGUAGCUCGGGAUUUUGUCCACAGAUUUACAAGGUAGAGUGAAAAAAGGCUCUCCAUAACGUGUUCUAGGAGUGAAAAGUUGAAAGGUAUUGUUUUUUUCAGGUACUGGUAAGACGUUGAUGGCUCGACAAAUUGGAAAGAUGUUAAACACAAGAGAACCCAAAAUUAUCAGUGGACCAGGUACUGACUUUAAUCAAAAUAUUACCUGCGUAUACUUAGCAAGCGUUUCUGCACAAGUUCGUUUCGAAAGUUGGAACGAGAGCGAAACUUUUGGGCAAUACCGAUUUGGUCGGAAAUGCUUGCUACACAAGCUGUCAAAAGAUAACAAUGUCAGUAUUAAUGUUAUGUAGUAAUCUUACAAUGUAAUUCAUCUAUGCCUUAUAAGUCCUGGAAUUUAUUUUGACCCAUUUGAUGUUCGCUCUGUUCAUUGUUCUUGAAAAUCCUAAUACAGCUGUACGUUUUUUUUUUUCAGAGGUGCUGAAUAAAUAUGUUGGAGAGUCCGAAGCAAAUAUCAGGUUGGCCGACAUACGAGUAAUAACUAAUAGGCCAUUUCCGAUUUCCCUCCGAUUUUUCCCUUCUGUAUCAAAACGAGGUUGAGUGUUCAGCCUUUGAUAGGGAAAUUAUUCUACAUUCUUAUGCAAAUGAAACUCAUUUUCACAAGAAAUGAUGUGCAGUUGGCCUCAUUUUGAAAGUGAGGGUUUUUGGAAUUCGGAAGUGACCUAUUGUUUUACUGGUUUAUUAAAAAAAGGUUUAAAGCGUUUGUACGUAGAUGGGAUAUGCUCUGUCGUGAAGGAAGCUUCUUGCUUUAAAUAAUCUUCUUUUCAGGUACUCUUUGCCGCUGAUAAUUAAUAUCUUUUAUCUCCCUUUGUUCCUCAACUGUGAUUGUCGUGAUUACUAGAACAAUAUCUUGAGAACGUCGUGCGUAAAGUUGACCCUUUUUUAUCAUUCUUCAUUUUAGAAAGUUAUUUGCUGAAGCAGAAGAAGAGCAGAGAAAGGUUUGUUUGCUCCGGGAAAAUGUAUACUGUAAUUUUAAAACUCGUAGUCUCAAGGUUGGGGAAUGUUAGAUGACAUGUGACCACGAAAUAACCAGUGAGAGAGCGUGUUGUUAGGGAAAAAAUAUUUCAGCUAGAUAACAAAAUAUAUCGAAAUCUGUACUCGUAACAACGAUGACGGCAUUGGUAUCUGACAUUUUAUGAAGAAAAUGUUCUUUUCUUCUUGUAGCCUGUUCCAGGCGUCGGGUACGUGAAAUUUAGGAUGCGCGAACACGAAUGUAAAACGGGAGGGAACUGGGGAGAGGAAGGUCGGCGGACUUCCUUUUUCCGCCUCCGCCACCUUUUCCCAGAUUACUCGCUUCUAUUUUCGCGUGUCUUUCUUUCACAUUCUUUCAACGCGUCAUUCCUACUAUCUGAAUUUUUGUUGUUGUUUUCUCUCAGUCAUAGUGCUUUUAUUCUUUCCUUUGAUUUUUCAGUUCGGUGAUAACAGCGGCCUCCAUCUCAUCAUCUUUGACGAGUUUGAUGCGGUGUGCAAGUCAAGAUACAUGUAUAAUGUAUGUACCUGUACUUGUACAUGUACUGAAUAAUUUUAAUACCAUUAAAUUUUGCAGUUUCAGUGUUAAGAACUACCCGUCACUGUUGUUUAUGAGCCGUGAGCCUUAUACUGUAGUAACUUAUCUCUCUCUCUCUCUCUCUUUUUAUUGUAGAGUGGCGGAACAGGCGUUCAAGACUCAGUUGUCAAUCAACUUCUGGCUAAGGUAAAAUCAUUAACUAAGGAAUUUGUUUUCUGUGGUGUAGGCCUAAACUGCACCAUGGCCGGGUUGCAAGUUAUGUUUGCUUUCCGAACUUCUUCGACCUAUUCACCAUAUUGUUUAGUGUAACUACCGGAAACAUUGCGGCUCAUAUAGCAUUGAGUUUUGUCCACACGAAAACGGAAAUUUUUGACACGGCUUAUCUUUUUACGGGAUGUCGUGUCAGGACGGAGCCUUAAACCACUCCGGAGAGAAGUCCGAAAAGAUGUGGUUUUGGUGAUCAGAUUUACUGAUUUCGUGUGGACAGAAAGCUGAUUCCUUUUUAUCCGAAUUCGUAUAAGUGGACGGGGCCUGAGUGUUCUGCAAAUCUGUAAAGUGGAACCUCGGUAAAAUAUAUGAAAAAAACCUUGAUAUAGCGAAUAAAUUUUGCCAGUGCCUUGGCCCUUUUUUAUGUCGAGGUUCCACUGUAGAUUCAAAAUUGUUUCACCGAGUUAGUUUGAUUUGGUGUUGGUAGGACAUGCUUUAGCUUUAUUAUUUAACGUCUCUUUAGAUCGAUGGUGUGGAGCAACUCAAUAACGUGCUUCUGAUUGGUAAGAACUGGUUGACGACUCGCGUAAUUGAAAUUAUUGAUGUAAUAGUCUACGGCGAUUCCCAAAUUCAGAUACCCGGGACAACUUGUUACACACUGUAGGAUGGGAUAUGUUCCAAAAAGGCCUUUUAAAAAGUUUAGAACAAGAACAGGAGGUCCCAUUGUUACUUUCCGUUACCAAAUUAGUUCUAAACAUUUGAAUUUCCUCAUAGUGACUGGCCAGAAAAUAGGAAGUGCUGAAAAUUGAAUGGAAAAUUUGUGUGUGUAUUGAAAAGCCUAGUCUCCCUCGCAGCCUCUGUUGGGGAGCUUAAGCAACUACGACGGCGACGGAUACAAAAACGUCAUUUAAAAAGUGAAUUCGCGCUGCCCCAAACUUUAUCGCGCUUGUUCCAUCUGGUUUAAUUCGUCAAAUGUUGGCCACUUUAUUUGGAGGUGAAUUCUAAGGGACUGUGUCGUCUUGUGUUCCCGUGCUCAAAAAAACGUGAGAUUAGGCACUUUCACGUCGUAGUCGUGCAACGACGGCUCAGAAAUGUACAAAAAAGCGUGAUGCACGUGCAAAGUUAUUGUUUUGCCAAUCUAAACCUAUUGCUUUUUUGCCGUUGUCGUUGUCGUCGUCGUUACUUAAGCUCCCUAUUGUGUCGUUACGCAACGCUCCUCUCCACUAUAGAAAGAAAAAAUGGCUGUCCACGAGACUAAAAGAACCCGUGCAAAGCCUUUAAUUUUGAGAACCCAUUUCCGGGUCUUGAAAGUGUUUGAGAAAGUCAAGAGGUGACAAGUCCGUUUGUUUGAAAUGGAAUUUGCUGAAAGCUGGAUUUUGUUGGCCAAAUCCAUUUUAAGGCGGCUUGAAACUCAAGUUCUGGCACGUGCUUUACAAGAUGGUUUGGAUCAUUUUACGUUUCGGGGAAGCUGCCCACCUACCCCUCCCCUAAGCCAACAUUUUGCCGUAAGUAAGAACUAAGUGUUAAAGUUGGUUUAGAGAAGGGGUAGGUGGGCAGUUUCACAGGAACGUAAAAUGAUCGAUGCUUUUGCUUUUACUUCAAGGUAUGACAAACAGGAGGGAUCUUAUUGAUGAUGCCCUGCUUCGACCUGGUCGACUGGAAGUGCAAGUUGAAAUCGGUGAGAUUCUGCAUAAUUUUUAAUAGAGAGAAGAAGUCGUUACGUCACGUUUCUAUGGUAGCAAAAUUUCCGGAUCUCAACAAAAACAGUGGUCCUGCAAAUAUGGCAGAAAAAAAUUGACAUGACUGCAUGACUUUAUUGUGCAUGAUUGCUGCAUGCACUUAGAAACAAAACGGUAGCCCAUGCUUUUCUUCCAGCAAUGCAAAUGGCCGUCUCUGUCAAGAAAGGUUGUUGAGAUCCAGCAAUCUUGCUACCCACGGUACUUACUACCCACGGUAACGUGCCCUCUCACUACCCCUCUCUAUUGGCUCUCUUGUCAUGGUUAACUUAGUAAGAUCACGCAAAAAUUAAAUUCGCCUUGCAUGUAGCAUUGCAUACUACUGAUAGUAUACGUUACGUAUGCUAACGAAUUAUGCCAGCUGCCGCAAAAAGAGUCCGUGAAGACGUAUUUCUUUAUUGCGUGCACUGAUUUUGGAUCAAUUUAAGGUUUCUGGGAAACUGUCUACCUACCCCUCCCCUAAGCCAACAUUUUGCCUUAAGUGAGAAGUGAGUGAUAAUGUUGGCUUAGGCAAGGGGUAUGUGGGCAGUUUCCCAGAAACCUAAAAAUUCAUCCCUGAUUUUACUGCAUAAUGAGUUCUUUAUAGGCCUAAAAGCCGAUUAUAGUUAGUGAAUAUGAAAAUGUUUGUGUUUGUUUGCGGGCGUUCUAUCAUUUAUUUAAAAGUUGCAUAGGUUUUCUCUCUGUUUUUAUGCAGUAGUAUGUAUUGCUGUUGGAAAAAUACGAGAUUGCACACAUUUUUGUUUGUCUGGCCAAUGUGUAAAAUUCCUUUUUGAAAUAGAGGAUCGACAGGGCAUAUUCUUUGUAGUGAGCGAGGUGUUGUUUCGCCGUGUUUUUAUAACGCUGUUUGUUGAGCAGGUUUGCCAGACGAGGCUGGACGAGUUCAAAUCCUGGAGAUACACACAGCUAAGAUGAGAGAAAAUAAUCUUCUUGCACCAGAUGUCGACCUGGCUGAUUUGGCUGUGCAGACUAAGAACUUUACCGGCGCUGAGAUUGAAGGACUUGUUCGCGCAGCGCAGUCCACAGCUAUGAAUCGCUUUAUCCAGGUACAGUAAAAGGAGAGUGCACUGAUUUGCUGACUACGACCUAACGAAUUUGACUCAAGAAAAAAUCAAUCAAGCAAGCUACCCGAGAAACUUUUUGUUUGAAAGCGUGCACUUAUUCUUCAUAUAGUUUACCAAGGGAGGAAUGUUAAGAGUCGUGCGGGGAAACAUGUGGUCAAGUAGUUUUGGGGAAUAGUUUUGGACUUCAAGGAUCAUGGCAAUGGUAACAAAUGUGAUUAAUAUUCCAACCUCUACCUUUUUGACUCUUUAAGCCCCAGAUAUUCACGUACACUUCUGGGCCUAAAAGGGUAAAAAAAAAAAAACAAAGUUCGAUGCCACAGCCAACACGGUAAAGUCAACUCUUUCUGAGACGGACGCCAUGGGAACCUGCAGUAUGUGUCCGUCUUAGAGAGAUGUCCGUCUUAUAGAGAGUCAAAUAAAAGAAGUAAAGAAAGGCAGGGACCAACUCUGAGUGUCCGUUUUACAGAGGUGUCCAUCUUAUAGAGGUGUCCGUUAAGAGAGAGUAGACUGUAUUUCAAUUUUUCUGUUUUGGUUUUAUCAGCUUAAAAACAAUUUCGAAAUUGAUCCGGAAGCUGUGGAGAAAAUUUUAAUAAGACGUGAGGACUUCUAUCACGCCCUGGAGCACGACAUCAAACCGGUAAGUAAAGCAAGCUUUCUUUUUCCUGCAAAAGGCAAAGGAAAAUCCUCAAAUGUGAUUGGCUUUUUAACGUAACAAGUCAUGCAAGGGUAACUGAACAGUGCGCGUCAUUUCGCUCUGUAAAAGGGCGGUUGUACUUUGAUGAUGAUGAUGAUGAUUUUUUCCUACUUGUGCGUAUUCCAUUCGUCAUUCGUCAUAUUUACUUUUAUGGCUUACCACAUAUUACAUUUUACAUGCUUUCGUACCCCUAGUUGCAAAAAAAACAAAAAAAAAAACAAAAAAACAUAGGAAAAUGUUCCGCUCAAUUUUGUGUUCGUAAAAAAUCGCUCAAUCCAAAUCUAUUUGUCACUGUUUCAUACAAUCCAAAUUCUUCUGUCCUUUAAGCCGUUUCCUCUUUCUUUUGCUUUAGGCGUUUGGACCUGCUGAUGACAAUCUGGACCUGUAUGUUGCAAAUGGUGAGUGGUGAAGGUGUGCCUUGUGGUGGGGGGUGGAGUUUGAUGUGGGGGGGGGGGAGGGGGCGGGGGGGGAGGGCGGAGUGGGGUCUAUAACUAUAUCAUGUUUUCUACAGUGGUACGUGCCUGAAACGUCUAAAGAAUGAUUUUGUUACAUUUAUACGCGCCGUUGUUUGCUUAUUUAUCUUAGGAUAUGUUUUAUAUCGGAUACUUAUGCGUUGUGAUUUUGUCGCUAACUGAUCAAAUCAUGGAACAAGAUAAAAAAAAAUCCGCGAUUUAAAGGAUGUGCAAGGAUUACGAUAUAAAAAGGUUCUCCACGAGAUAUCCAUUAAGCUGGGCUACAUACGCAGUUAAUGAGGGAGGCUAAUGUCAUUCCGCCAGGCCGUUUCAUCACUUAGCUUGCUGAAGACAUGGAUAAAGGUGCCCUGGGAAUGCCUCUGGUCCUGAGAAAACAGCCGACAUUUGGCAACGUCACCUCUGGUUUCCCCGCGAAAUGACGUCUGAGAAGCGAGCUCAGAAAUUCCAUACUGAUGACGUGUCAUUACCCAGAUCUAGGUAGUGCUUUUGAUUUUGAUCGUGCCGCUAGAGAAAUUUGCUUCUACAGCACUACUCAUAUCCAGGUGAUGACACGUCAGAGUAUGGAAUUUCUGCAGUCGUUACGCAGACGUCAUUUGGCGGGAAAACCGUCGCGAAAUGUCGGCUGCUUUCUCACCCCAUUAAUCAGUGCGAUGAAGUUCGGGUUGCUAGAUUUCUGCUUAAUCAGUCCUGUUCUUGGAUUUUCAGGAAUUGUUCGCUGGGGAAACGAAAUACAAAGGAUUUUAGAUGAUGGCAGGUUAUUAUUACAGCAGACAAGAGCGCAAGACAUUACUUCACCAAUAACAGUGUUACUUGAAGGUUGGUAUCAGCUUUUUUAUUGAUUGAGGUGAAAAUGGCGACAAGGGGGGCCAAGACGAGGUUGUCCGACAGAUUUUGCUCUUACCAGCCCAUGCAACGAAAGCCUGAAUUCGGAUUUUAAGCAAUCAUCAUGAUUGCAGUAGACACUAUAGCAAUAACUGUCAAGAAUAAGGGCGACAAAGGUGGAUUUUGUUCUUACUGAGAGAGCUUACAUCAUGUUACAUGUAUUUUGGGCGAUUAUUUGUCUUCAAGAAGGGAGGCCCAUCUAUCAGUUAAUCAUUGAUUUCAAGGGUAAAGCGGAUUUGAACUGACUUUCUUACCUGCAUCAGGGUUUAAGGGUAAUGGGUGGACAUUGAAGAGAACGGCAACAAACGCCCGCUCGCCGAGUGGCGACGUAAUUUAACCCCGGUUAGUAACGUCAGAGAGGCAGAGCCGAUAUUCUUGUUCUGGGGCCCUAACGGACGAAACGAAUCACCGGAAAUGCGUUUUGAAUUUCUUUUAAUUCUGAUUGGCCUCAAACGGACUAAAUGAAUUGCCGGAAGUGCGUUUUGAAUUUCUUUAAAUUCUGAUUGGCCCCAAACUGACUAAAUGAAUUACCGGAAAUGCGUUUUGAAUUUCUUUUAAUUCUGAUUGGCCUCAAACGGACUAAAUGAAUUGCCGGAAAUGCGUUUUGAAUUUCUUUUAAUUCUGAUUGGCCCCAAACUGACUAAAUGAAUUACUGGAAAUGCGUUUUGAAUUUCCUUUAAUUCUGAUUGGCAAAAAUCGUGAAUGACUUUUUUAGCGGGCCAAUUAUGGCACGUACUGAAAUGCAUGUGGGGGCCCAAAAAAGAAUUUCGGCGCUGUUUUGCAGACUUAGCUUCACCAGAGUUAAUUUUCGUUUGUGGCGCAGGCUAAGUCGACCCCAGAGAUCGUCAAGGGAGCUUGCUCACAGCCUAACAGAAGGCAAGUUAUCGAAACUUUUCAUUGUGUUGUCUUUUGUUGGUUUUAGGCCCUGUGGGCUGCGGCAAAACAGCACUGGCUGUACAGAUGGCGCUCAUGUCAGACUUCCCGUUCAUCAAGAUGUGCACACCGGAAAACAUGAUUGGAUUUAUUGAGAGUGCGAAAUGUCAAACCAUUAAAAAGGUGAGUUUAUUGCCGUCUAUUUAACCGUGGUGAUUUAGCCCUUGGUAGAGCCCGUAUAUAAACAGCAGGAUCGCGGGUUCGAUUCUCGGAACCUAACCAGUACUCAGGUAACCCGGGGCCGUUUUCCUACUGAAAAGCCGGAUAAACAGUGUCCAAAUUGUAGGCAAAGAGAAUUUAACUGAUUCUGCUUUUUAAGCUCCCAUAUCUGAGUUCAAAUUUCGCACGAACCCUGGGUUACCUUAACCCAGCUUCGAACAACCCGGCCCAGGUUCUUAACCCUUUAAGCCCUAAGAGUGAUCAGCAUACACACAUACAUACAUAAUCUUCAUUUAAACACGGUGAUUUUUAAAGCUAUAAAAGCUUGUGGGGUCGUGUAUUUAAGAAUUGAAUUAACUUGAACUGGAUCAAAACUUACAUACAAAUUUCUCCUUGUAAUAUCAAUGCUUUGUAAAACAGAGUGGUCAUGAGAAUUACGGACAUGAUCAUUCAAUAUGAAUUUUCUUGAUACUUUAUCAACUUCUCCCAACUACUUCUGUAGGAAAUGAAUAGGGCAACAAAUGAGAAUUCAAACUUUGAUCUUAGGGUUUAAAGGGGUUAAAAUAGAGACCUUUUGAUUCUCAAUACUAAGUAGUGCGCGCGUGAGCCAACGUCUUUGGUGGGAAAACGCGGUAGCCCUCAUCAUUCUACAACGAGUUUUAGCGAGAAUGAUCGAGACAAGUUAUUAAAUUAACACGUUCUAUUUUGCUAUCGGGAGAGGGCUUAAUCUUCUUCAAUAAAAAUAACCGUGUUAGCUUUUUUGUCGAAUUAAAAAAACGAAAAUGAAGCUUUACGGAGUGUCUAUUUUUGAGAAUACGCGAACAAACGUCAGGUUAAAUCUUCUCCUCUAAUCUUUAAGUCUCCAAUAACAAGGGAAGAAGGUAGUGCCUGUGCCCUGUAAUAGGCCACUACCGAGUUCCAAAAACCCUCACUUUCAAAAUGAGGCUAGGUGCACAACCUUUCUUGUGAAAAUGAGUUUUAUUGCGUGAGAAUGAAAAAUGAUUUGCAUAUCAAAGGCUGAGCACCUACCCUCGUUUUGAAACAGAGGCCCGGGGGAACUCGGAAAUGUCCUAUUGGCUUGACGUUCACGUGGCUCUUAUGUCCACGUUAAAAUGUUGCCUUGGUCUCCUCUCCGGUAGGAGACGUAAUAAACCGGUGUCAUCACUAACGUGAGAUGCUGGAAUUUAAAAUAAAUAAAUAAGAGUUAAAUUGUUGCUCUGCUUUGCUUUUGAACAGAUAUUUGACGAUGCAGACAAGUCUGAACUCAGCUGUAUCAUUGUUGACGAUAUCGAGCGUCUUCUAGGUAUGGCCACUGCAGUAUUCUGUGGGAAUUUAAGUAAAGAUGUUUCUUUGACUGUAAAUGUUGUCUUUUUGCGCUGUUAUUAGAGGGGCUGUUUUAAGACGGUCUCCUUCUGUUGUCAAUCCAAGUUGUAGGAACGUGUUUUCUCUUUACUCUUUAAAACGCAGGAGUCCGACAUUUUGUCAGAGCGAGUUGCAAACAAUGCAGAAAAGGCGCGAAAUAAAUAAACAUAUUAAGUAAAUAAAAUAAAUAGAGUAAAAGAGAGAAAUGAAAAUUGGUCGGUGAAUGGUUAAUAGUGCCAGUUUACGUUCAUGGAAGAAAGAUGUUGUAUUUUGUUUUAGUUACAAUGUAGCCCAGGCCAUAGAUACUUUGUAUUAUCCUGAAGGAAAAUUCAAACUGUGGCUGUUCGCUUUUUGUCUUAGAAAUUUGUCCACCGAAAAGGAGCUGGAUCACCAACCACAAUCUUGGACAAAACUGUUGAGAAAAUUGUAUACUUGGACAGCAUUUUUCUAAAAGUCGUAGCUGUACCGGUUCUUCCCUCUCCCCCUUCUCCUGAAAGCAAUGUUGUUGUGUAUUCAAAAGAAAGCCUGAUCCCUGGGCGUUUGUGGGAAGCAACAUUGAAUCGGGGGAAGGGGUGUUCUUCCCGCAAAGGCGUCGUUUUGGAAAUAGUUUUGUUGCGUAGGAAAGUGGACAUGAUGGGGAAAACUUUCUCAAGUAGAUUUGUUCGGAAUUGCAGCUUCCCCCCUUUUCCCUCAAAAACGGCAAAAGAAAAGAGACAAACAAUCAAAAAGACUGAAAUAAUUAAUAUAUAGAUUUAGCCAGGGCUAAAAGCGAAGCUCUGGUUAGGCUACGUGCAAUGGGGCGCAACAACUCCCAACGAUGUUGCGUCCGUUUGCACGGGGCUAAAAGUUUGACCGGUUUCAAACUUUGCGCAACAACCCGCAACAACAUCCAACAACAUGCAACAGGGUGUGCAAACGGACGCAACAUGUAACAUGCAACAAUGUUGGGAGUUGGUGGCCAACAAUGUUGCGUCCGUUUGCACGCAGCCUUAAUAAUACGUGUAAACAAAAAAAAUUAAAUCGUGUAAUGCUAAACGGGGACGACAAAACAUGGCUUCAAGACUAAGACUCUGUUUACAUGGAGUGGGGGACCCCGGUCUAGUGAGGUAGGUUUCUUUUGUUUUGUGUCCGCCAGAGCGUGAAAACAAAAGAAACCAACCCCGCUAGACCGGGGUCCCCCACUCCAUGUAAACAGGCCCUAAUAGGUCUAAUUAGCAAAAAAAAAAAACAAAUUGCACGUACAGCACACUUUUUCCUCUAAUUAGCAAAAAGCAAAUUUGCACGUAGCACGCUUUUUUGUCUUCCCUUUGCCGUUGUUUUGCACGACUACAACGCUGUUUUGUACGACUAAAACGUCAAACUUCCUAGUUACACAUUAUUUUUAUGGAGGAAUUGUCAUGUGUGCUCACCCAAAAUUUUGUUUCCUGUUUUUCAUGUUCGCUUUUAUUUUUCACUGCCGCUCAUUUUCACCUUGCUGGCCGCUAGCAUUUCUCAUUUUCUCACCGCCGCUUUGAAUUUCCAUGUUUUUCUUCCUAUGAAAUUCGUCUCGUUUGUUUUCAAUAACUCGCUCUAGCUCUUUCUCUGUUAUCCACGUUAGUGUAAACAUAAAAAUAAAAGAGAUAAAUUAAUAAGAAAAAAAUAAAUAGAGCAAAACACGACAUACCAACAGGGUGGAAACAGCCUCUCACGCACACAUAUUUAAUUAUUUAUUCCUUUACUUUUUUUCUCAGAUUAUGUGGCCAUUGGACCAAGAUUUUCUAACGCAGUUCUACAGGCGUUACUUGUGUUGCUAAAGAAGAAGCUUAGAAAGGUUUGUCAACUUCAUGUGAUCCUUCUUAAGUCAACCUUACCCUGGAGAAGGAUUAUUUAAGAGAUUCCGAAUCAGAUUGAUUAUAGAGGAUAUUGCAUGGCCGCGCGGGGAUACGAAUUUUAUCUUCUCGUGCUGAAAGUAUACGAGUGAGCGAAGCGAACGAGUGAGAGAUUCUGGAAUUGUUGUUGUUUUUUUAAUUUUUUGGGGGGUGGGUAAAGUGAUUCUGAGGUCUGAAAUAGGGCAGGGAAAUUCAGCUGUUUUGGUUUGAAAUAGGAUCAAGCAUUCGAACUUUAACGCUUUCUUUUAACCUUAUAGGGUCGCAAGUUGAUCGUUAUUGGUACAACUAGCUGCCGUGACGUGCUUGAACCCAUGGGAAUAGUGCAGGCAUUUAACACUGUCAUUCAUGUUCCGCGUUUGUCCGUCGUAGAACAUCUUAGACAAGUGCUCCAGGUCAGUUAGUUUAAAAUCAAGAUUAAAGACUCGUUACGGACUUUAAGAUCCAACGACAAGACGGCAACGAGAACGUCCCUUAAAAGGUGAAUUUGCGUUCCUUCAGUCUUUAUAGCGAUUAUUCCUACCCACUUACUUUGUCAAAAGUAGGCGAACCGUCCUGAAGCUGAAUUUCAGGGGACCAUAUCGAAGCUCAGAAAGAGAAAAAAAAAUUCGUCGUUGCCUGUUUACGUCCUCCAUAAAACGCAAAAUUAGGCAUUUUCACGUUGUGGUCGUGCAAAAACAGAAAAAAAAAUUGUUCAAAAAAGCGUGAUGCACGUGCGAAGUUGUUUUUCGGGCUUAUUAAACCAAUUGUUUUUUUACGUUCUCCUUGCCGUCCACUUCGUUGGAUCUUAAAGUCCCUAUUAUAUAAAGCAAACGGCAAACGUGCGCUUUGUAGCACGUGGUGAAAUGAGUACGACUGCAAAUUUCGUCAAGGCUAGCUCUUGGUAAGAAAAAAUAGGAUGUGUUUUCUGGGAUGACUAACUGAAACAACUGCUUGAAGCUCAGAAACUCUUGUAAGUUUGCUAAGUUUUCAGAAUGUUUUAAUCUUCGUUUCUUUCCUCGUUUUUGAUACUUUUCGCUUUUUUUUUCCCGUCUUCUACAAGAGACAACCAUGGAAACGUAACACCAUAUUCUCUUAACUGUUUAGACUGUUAACAAAAUCCUGUUUUGGGACUACUCAAAUGAAACUUCUUUGACAGCGUUUGGCAUGUUUUUAUCUGCUGUUCGCAAUCAACAAGUGCUUGUUUUUCUGAUGUUUGUUUUUGCUUUGCCUUUGUUUUCUGUUUUGGAUUUGCACGAUUUUGGAGGCAUGGAGCUGUUCGAAACCCAUUCUGGUGUUCUUUGAACUGCUUUGACUGCGGCGUAUUUCGCUGAGACAAACGCAAACAACUAAGUCAACUCUAUGUCCUUUGCAGGAGGUGAAGUUGUUUGAUGAACACGAAAUCAAACUAAUUGAGGACAGCAUUGGCCAACGAAGGUAUGUCACAUGGAACGUAGAGUUUUGCGCGCAAUUUUUUUCUUCAUUUGACGCGAUCUCGGACUCCCUUCUCGCUCCUCUCCCAAGUGAAAUUAGGCCAGUUGGCAUUUGUUACCUUUCUUUAGUUAAAGAUUUUUUUAUUUUAAUACUCUUUCCUUUGUAGGUUGUUUGUCGGCAUUAAAAAGCUCCUUAUGAUGGCAGAGAUGGCGGUCCAAGUAAGUGAAUCUUAAUGAAGGCCCUUUCUUAAUAGCUUUUAACUUCAAAAUUUUAGUUUUCCGUGUUUUCCGUGUGAUCCUUCAAUAAAAGCUGGAAUGCUCCCCCCCCCACCCCUUACCGCUGCAAGCCCCAACACCCGCCCCCUCUGUAGAUUUGAAACCAAGAUGGCCGCCUUUAAGGUGACUCGACCCAGUUUUUUGGGGGGGUACCAUCCUACUUUGAAGCUCUCUGGUAUCCCCACCUUUACUUUUAUCGUAAGUCUAACACACAGAAUGGAUAACACAUAGAUCAAUCUACAAUAUAACAAAAAUUUUUUUGGCGAUUGGACCUAAAUUUGGAAACCGCUGAAUUUCUCGAAUUGGGUCUUUGCGAUUUUGGUGAAACUCUGUUCAGCGCAAGGCACUAAUGCGCACUAUAUGUAGCCGAGAGAUUUUCACGAAAAAAUGCCGGCAACAGCGGAUUUUCGACUCAGACCUCAAAGGGGCGUGGCAUUACAACCACGUGACAUUUACUCCGAUCGCCAAAAAUUUUAUGUUAUAUUGUAGAUUGAUCUAUAUGUUAUCCAUUCUAUGUGUUAGACUUACGAUAAAAGUAAAGGUGGGGAUACCAGAGAGCUUCAAAGUAGGACGGUACACCCCCAAUAAAACUGGGUCGAGUCACCUUAAAGCAAAGAUGCCAUUCCGAUUAAUAUGCCAUUAAUUACAACAACCGAGCUCUGAUGCAGACCUCGCUGUGAAAUGUUUACAGCACUGUCGGGGCUAAAUUUAAUCGUGCGAUGUUGAGUCAAUGGGGGGAAAGACCUUUAGGUUCCGUGGAUGGUCAGAAUUGCCAUUAAAGGGAAACCUGCGGAGCACCACCUUCCCGUGGCGCUACUUGUUAUGCCUUAGAUCUGAUGAAAACCUAAAAUGUGAUCAUUUAGAUGAAAGUAUUUUUGAAAGUAUGUCGUGAUAUUUUCCCCCAUUUUAUUUUACAAAGUAAUUCCACUUUUCCAUGAUUGGUUAUAUAAAAACAAGUGCUUGGGGUCAAUUUCUUUCAGACCAAUAAACGUGAUCGAGUCGACAAGUUCGUAAGUCUCUUGGAGGAUGAACAAUGGUAUGUAUGUGAAGUGGAAUGAUGUGUUACUUGGCAUACAGCUCUGUGAUUUUACGUUAUAAAAGUCGAUCGUGAAUGCUGUGCUUAACUAUGAUGUUUGUUGACUGUUGCAGUUUAAUAGGCGAGGUCGGUUUAUAUUGAACCCGUCUGGAAAGUCACAGGUCUGUAAAAUCAUGCUUUUCAGCAGUUGA